AUGGACAAAGGCGGUGAUCAGGGCCCUGCGGCCAACAGCUCCAGCGACUUUGUUCGCAAGUUGUAUAACAUGCUCGAAGACCCUUCUUACGCCAAGAUUGUACGGUGGGGAGAAGGUGGCGAGAGCUUUGUGGUGCUCGAAAACGAGAGAUUUACGAAGCAAAUUCUGCCUAUGCAUUUUAAGCAUAGCAACUUUGCUUCCUUUGUGCGACAGCUGAACAAGUAUGACUUCCACAAGGUCCGGUGUAACAAUGAUGACAGCACUCAGUCCCCCUACGGGCAAAAUGCAUGGGAGUUUAAGCAUCCUGACUUUCAGGCGAACAAGAAGGAUUCUUUGGACAGCAUUAAGCGAAAGGCGCCAGCACCGCGUAAGACAACCCAGAACAUGGAAGAUCAGGGAUUCCCUUCUCAACAGAUGGACCUCGUCAACAGCCAAUUGAUGGCAACUCAACAACAACUCGAACAACUUUCGGAGAGGUACCAAGAUCUCGCCCAAGGCCAUGUUACAUUGCUGCAGCAAGUCGUUCACCUACAGAAGUUCAUCAAGAACCAUGAAGGUGUUAUGCAUCUGGUGCUGGGUUUUUUGCGUAGUGUUAAUGCGACUCAUCGGCGGAGUAGUCGCAUCGGAGCAGGCUCAUUCGACGGAUUACCAAAUGACGGGGUUAUGGAUGACCAUCCCGCAUCGCCUUUGCAACAGGCUUCGGAAUUACUUGAAAAAUUUUCGGCUGAGAGCCUGCCCGAAAAGCACCUCGAGCAGAUGAGCCAUGAAUUCCAUCUCAUACACGACUACUCGACGCCACCGAAUGAUCAUCCCCGGGCUUCAAUGGCACCUCAUACGGAGAACACGAGUGCGAAUAUGGGGUAUCCUGUAGCCAACGAUCUAGAUAACAUGGUAUACCCUGUAGGUCACACAAAUGGCAUUGAUCCUAUCAACAGCGAGCACAUCAACAAUAUACCUUACUCCUUGCCUGCGAAUGGAAUGAUGAACACCAAUCCCAUGCCGGAGAUGUUGCCCGAGGGGAUGUCGAACAUUUUAUCCGGGGGGGGGCAAGCUAGUGGUAGAAGAAAGACGAACCCCCAGGAUUGUGUGUGGGGAGUGCAGAAGCCUCGCAUUAUGCUGGUUGAAGACGAUAGAGUUUGCGCUGAUAUAGGUUCAAGAUUUUUGGAAGCUUUCGGGUGCGGUGUUGAGACAGCCUGUGAUGGAAUGGAAGCCGUGAACAAGCUUAAUCAUUCUGAUAACCAAGUUGACCUUAUCCUUAUGGAUAUUAUCAUGCCUAACUUGGACGGCGUGUCUGCGACAGUCUGUAUAAGAGAAAUGAGACCGCAAAUCCCCGUCAUAGCCAUGACGUCCAACAUUCGAGCGGAUGAUAUCGACAUGUACUUCCGUUACGGUAUGAAUGAUGUUUUGCCCAAGCCUUUCACAAAAGAGGGCAUGUUGAGAGCCUUGGAAAAGCACCUGCCAAGCUUCAAGAAGGAUGCGGCUUUCCCUCCGACCGGAAGACCUCAAAUGGCACAUCCCGGCUUCGCAACACCCAACAACUCUGCUCAAACACCGCUGGGGCCGAAAAUGGAACAAAUUUCGGCGACACAGUCCUUGAAUGAAGAUGCGUCCCCUGGUAAAUCGCCCGUGACAGCCACGUCAUGGCAUUCUCCAAGUCAACUUCCUGGACAAUCGCAGAUAGGAGGAGCUCCCGGUGUCUUUAUGCAACCUAUGGGAGAUGACCGGCAGUACAACAUGGCAACUGCCCAACCUCGUCCGCAAGCUGGAUUUCCCCCGCCUCCGAAUCCUGCACUGGGACAGGUCCAGGGGCAGGUCCAGGGGCAGGUACAACAGGUACACGGGCAACCCGGACCCGGCGUACGUAGACGGGGUAUAUCUGAUCUCGGUGGAGAUACUGAAAAUCAUCCCGAGAAGAGGCAGAGAAUCUAUGGGGCCGGGACUGGGUUUCCGCAAUGA